GUGUGUUAUAUCCAUGCAGGGUUUUGGGUUUCCGUAAGCGGGCCCAGUCAGCAGAGGAGGAGAGCAGCGCUUCACUCCAACAUCUCACCCUCACAGAGUUCCUCAAAGAGAUUGAGGACGAGGAGUGGGAUAAAUACAUAAUCCCGUCGAAGGUCGAGUCAGAGAAGUACAAAGUCAGCCGGACCUUCAGCUUCCUAAAGAGCAGAAUGUCGAGCACACGUAACAAGACCAAGGUGAAGGGAAAAGAGGUGAAGGAGGGAAAGGAGAAGUCUGGAGCCUCUAAUGGACACCAGUUUGUGCCUGUGUCUCCAUCUGGUCCUGCUCUCUGUGUGGCCUGUGAUAAGUCUGUUUCUGGGAAGGAGCUGUUGCACUGCUCCAACUGUUUCCUUAAUGUCCAUAAAAACUGUCGAGAGUCCGUUGCAGCUUGCGGCAAGAAGCAGCAGGAGAGGAAUGCAGUGCUGAUGAAAAGCAAGACUUUGUCUCUCCCACAGAACUCUGUGAAAGACAAUACUUCCACCUCCAUUUUCUCCUCUUCCUCUACACUUCCUACAAUGACCAAAGAGAAGAGAGACCCCACCGCCCCCCUCUCCAAAAGCCUCUCCAUCUCUAUAGACAGCAGGCGGCUCAGUGAUGCAGCAGCUCAGGACACUGAGUGCAGUGUGACAGUUUGCUCUAACAGCUCAUUAUCUGAUGAGGGAACUCCGGUCACGGCGACCGCCCCGUCAACUGAGCCACCAAUCACCACACAGGAUGCUGUUGAUGCCUCACUACUGAGUGACCUGUCUGCUGACCUGCUGGGACUUGAGGUUGAGUCGUGGAGUCUGGCCGUCAGUCCGGAGUUUUGCAGGCUUCACGACAGACGAACCAUCAAACGGCAGGAUGUUAUUUAUGAGCUUAUGCAAACAGAGCUGCACCACAUCCAAACCCUGACGGUCAUGUCUGAGGUGUUCAGGAGGGGCAUGCUGGAGGAGCUGCAGCUCGAUUUGGACUGUGUGGCACGGAUCUUCCCUUGCUUGGACCCCCUGCUGCUCUUUCACAGAAACCUCUUUGGUGCACUGCAGGAGUGCAGACAGACUGCAACCCAACCUGAGAACCCCCGAAAUUACCUCAUCCAUCACAUUGGAAGUGUGCUGCUUCAGCAGUUCUCUGAUGAAAAUGCAGAGAAGAUGAAGCAGGUGUACGGCGAGUUCUGCAGCCAUCACACCGAUGCCGUCAAUGUUUUCAAAGAACUGCAGCAACAAAAUAAAAAAUUCCAAAACUUUGUCAAACAACAGAGCAAUAACUCUCUGGUCAGACGGAGAGGGGUCCCAGAAUUCAUCCUGCUGGUCACUCAGCGCAUCACCAAGUACCCGGUGCUGUUGGAGAGGAUAUUACAUUACACUCAGGAGGGAGGUCAGGAGUACUCGGAUCUGUCCCGAGCUCUGGCCCAGAUCCGAGAUGUGAUCGCUGCAGUGGACCUGACUGUAAAUAAGUACGAGAGGUGUCAGGAGCUGCAGGAAGUGCUGGCCCGGCUGGAGAACAAGAGCUUUGCCAAGCUAAAGAAUGGCAAGGUUUUCCGCAAGCAGGACCUUCUUUUGAAAAACAGGGAUCUGCAGUAUAAAGGGCUCGUCUACUGGAAGACUGCCACAGGACGUCUAAAAGAUACUUUGGCUCUUCUGCUCACAGAUGUUUUAGUCUUCGUACAAGAAAAAGAUCAGCGCUUUAUAUUUGCUGCUGUGGACCAGAAGCCUCCUGUGAUCCCUCUGCAGAAGCUCAUUGUUAGAGAAGUAGCCAAUCAUGAGAGAGGGAUGUUCCUAAUCUCUGCCUCCUCAGCUGGACCAGAGAUGUAUGAAGUUCACACUACCACCAAAGACGAGAGGAAUGCAUGGAUGAGACAAAUACGACAAGCUGUUGAGAGUUGUCCUGAAGAAGAGGAAGAGGAGGAAAGAACCGCCGAAUUAGAGGAGGCCAAGAAAGCGGCAGAGGUGAGAGCUCAGAAGAUCACCAAGUUCCAAGAGACUCUGUUGGUUCAGGACCAGCGAAUCUGCAACAGCCUGGAGGAGAAGUUACAGCUUUAUGCUGAGCUCACGGAGUUAACCCUGCGAUCACCAGAAGCUGUACAACAUCGCCAUCUGCUGGUGGAACCAGAAACUGACAGCGAGACGCCGAGACAGGCCUCGUCUAUACUCACGGCUGCCCUCAGAGAAGCGGAGAACCUGAUCUCCAUGCUGCAGGCCCGUGAUGGUCUUUCUGUUCCGAGUCAGGGCUCACCUGUGGGAGGACCGGAGGGCUUCAGCUACAACAGCCACGGCAGCAGCAUCCAGGAGUCUCCAUCUGAGCCUGAUUAUCUGAGCACGCUCAGUAUGAGCUCCACGUCUCUUGGAUCAGACAGCGAGCUGAUGGGAAUGGACAGCGCGUUGUGGAGCUCUGCUGCUGAGCUGAAAAGUGGAGACACCAAAGGGACACUGUUUAAGGUGGCAGAGAGCGUCCAGAGUCUGACUCAGCUCCUUUAUAGUCUGCAGGCUGCUGUAACCCUCCAGGACAGCUGCCAUGAAGUCCAGAAACUCCUCCUCCUGGAGGGAGACAAACCUCAGCUCCGAGCCCUCACUUCCAUCCAAAACAGUGUGGAGCUCGAGAAGCAGAGGAGUUUUGAUAAGAAGAAAGAGGAAGUAGAAAAGAAAGGUUCAGAGAGGAGGAAAGAGGAGGUGGAGGGGGUGAAGAAACUUCAUGUGAGGCUAAAACAGGAGCAGCAACGCUGGGACAGAGAAUGUCUGACCAGAGAGAAACAACAGUGAAGUGAGCAGGAGAGUGCACUGGCGCAGCGAGAGCAGCAGUGCUUCCUGGAGGCGGAGCGUCUGCGAUGCGAGCGCAAGGAGCUGGAGGCUCAGCUGCUGGAGUAUCAGCAAAAUCUGGACCGACUAAGGGACGGCCAGAGGAGUGUGGAGCGGGAGAAGGAAAACAUCGAAGCCCAGCAGAGGCUCCUGCAGAGCUGGAGACACACGCAGAGCAGUCUGCCUGUUACCAUAUCACUGGAUGGAUACAAGGUGUCUGGCCAUAGCCGCUCAGGCAGCCUGGAUGGAAGCUGUUCAUUGUACGAGAACGAGGCAGCUUUGCUCACCUCCCUCCAGCAGAACCGCCUCCACCCGCCUGCCAACAACAACCAGCACCAGCGACUGCUCUCCAUGCCAAGGAAGAACCAUGAUGGCUCUCUGAACAGCUCCAGUUACACCGCUAACCUUGGCCUCAGUGCAAGCCUCUACAACAGCCUGAACACCCUGCUGAGCCAGGCUCACAGCAAACAGCCCGCGGAUGGUCUGACAUUCCCGAACUACAGCAACAACCAAGGCUGCACCCGGCCUCUGAACGACUCCACCCACCCCUUCAGCGGCAGAGUCUCUGCACAGCCACAAAGGACCAACAACACAGACUUGAGCACGCAAUCGGACAGGAGACCCCUCGGUCCCUGGAGGUCUGAGAUCACUGGUCAUGGACUGUAUGAGGGCGACUUCUCUUCAUCUCCCUCUCUGACCCCCCUCCUUCCACCGCAGGCUUACCUCUCCCUUGAAGGACAGAACGGGGAGGAGGUGGGCGAGGAGAAUAUAGUUUAUCUCUGAGAAUCCUAAUGUAAGCUCUCCAACAUGUAACAGGACAGACGAUAACAUAUAUAUGUGUGUUGCUUUGUUGUGGUUGUGUAUGUUUGUGUCUAAAUGUGAUGGAAAUAAGUUAAUUUUUGAAGUAAUACAAUAAGGGAAAUGUUACAGGGGAGGUGCUGUGCCUUUAUCAGUGUACAUGUUAAUCAUUCUCUUCCUACGUGAGGAAACCAUUGUGCCUUUUUGCAAACAAUUUCUUUGUAGCUUUUAUAAUUACACUUCCCAUGUUUUUACUCCUACUUUGAUACUGUAAGUGUUUGUUGCACUUUGAUGAUGGACGAUGUACAUUAAUUCCCCCCAAUUAGAGAGUUAGUGUAUCAGGAAAACCGAACAGAAGCUGUUUUCUCAAGAGCACUUAAAAUAAAUAUUUAAGAGGCCUCCCCUAAACUAUAUAUGUAUAGACAGCUUUAUUCCUCCAUGUGUUCUUUAAUAAUAUUUAUAAGGGAUUUCGAGCAUCUUAAAGACAUAAAUAUGCCAAAAUUAUUAUAUGGAUGUAAAAAAUGUGUAUAGUUUUUUUUGUAAAGGCCAUCUAUGCAUGCUUUGUUUAAAGAGGAUCUUCUAUUCCUCUCAUUACUUUUCUCACUGAAGUGCCAAAAAUCUUGCUAUCUGAUACUGUAAGAGUUUCUGUGAUGGAUGGCUAUAUGUGUUCUGUUUGUCUGCUUUUUGGAUAAGUUAUUGUGUGUAAAUUGCUUCAUGCACUGUUAACAUGAAUAACAUUUGGUUUGAAAUGUGUCCUCUUUGUGUCCAAGUAACCAGAACUGUGAUGUUCCAUAUGAAUAGUGUUGUGUAUAUAAAACUAUUGUGGCGAACACA